AUGACCGAAGAACAAGGCCAGAACUACUCCCCUCUCGCUUUCAUCUGGGGUCAUCUAUUCGCUUCGUUCUCGGCACCCGAUAUUGACCUCACCGGCCGGACCGCACUCGUCACUGGCGGUAAUGGAGGACUAGGCUACGCUGCCGUCCUCCACUUUGCCCGUUGCAAUGCCUCACGCAUAAUCAUCGCCUCGCGCUCGCUUACGCGGUGUCAAGCCGCCGCUCAGAAGGUCUACGAGGAUGUCCCAUCCUACCGCGGCGUAGUGGACGUCAUGGAGCUCGACCUUUCCAGCUUCGCGAACACCAUCAAGUUCUGCCAGGACCUGAACGCGGACAAAGGCCGGCUGGACAUUAUCGUCGCCAACGCCGGGAUACAGCCGAAGCCGGAGACAUUCAAGCAGACGGGAGAUGGGUACGAGGAGACUCUCCAGGUCAAUGGGCUGGCGACGGCGUUGAUGGGGGUCCUGCUGUUGCCAAAGCUGGAAGAGACGGCGGGGAGGGAGGUCCCCGCAGGAAGCAAGGGGAUGAAGCCGACUCUGAGUAUUGUGGCUAGCGAAGUCCAUUACUGGUCCAAGUUUCCUCAAGCGAAUGCGCCCGGAUCUCUCAUCGAUGCUCUGAACGACCCCGCGCAAUUCGUCGAUUUCAACGAGCGAUACCAAGUCUCCAAAGUCCUCAGUGUCUUUAUCGGCCGCGAACUCGCCAAGCUCCCAGCAGUGACCUCGGGUAAGGUGCUAGUGAACUCUGUCAAUCCAGGUAUGUGCCAAUCGGCAAUAAGGGACAAUAUGGGUCCCGUCAUCGCUUGGAUCUUCAACGCUAUCGCUUGGUCAGCUGAGAAGGGCGCGCGCAACUUUUUGUACUCGUCUACGCAGCCCACCAUGCCUGGGGCGUUCAUACAUCACUGCAGAGAGACGCCAGUCUCGACUUUCGUCGUUUCGCCUAAAGGGAGGGAGACGCAGGAGAAGUACUGGAAGGAGUGUCUCGAUAUUUUUAGGAAGCUGGGUGUCGAUUCGGAGCUGGAUAGGGCGCUAUAA